AUGACUGCGUCUGUGUCUCUCCGCAACGGUGAGGCGCCUGAGUCCCUCGCCUCUUCCUACAGGAGUAACGGCAGCGUGCAGAGUCCCUUGGAGUCCAGUGAUGAGAUUCCCUGCCAUCCCCUCGGGGUGAAGCCGAGUGGCAAUGCCCUGACUGCAUCCCGGGAUCUUCGCGCAGCAAUUGGAGCUUUCAAGGCUCUGCCCGACGAGGUGAUCUUGACACUGUUUGAGUACUUGGAUGCGUCGAGUUUGCUGCGUAUAGGACGCACUUGUAAGGCGCUGUAUGCGUUCACGCGAUCAGAGGAAUUAUGGAAAACACUGUUCAUUCGAGAUUCACCGAAAGAAUUCACCUGGCGGGGAACAUGGCGCUCAACUUACCUUAAUCUGCUUCCAUCCCAGGUGCCCACAUUGGACUGCUCGCAUCUUUACUCGGACGCACUGCAUCGGCCUUUCUACUGUGCGCACAUCCCAUUAGAGCCCUAUGUCACCAACAUUCCCGCCAGGAACCAGAUCACUCGCCUCAAGAACCUGUCUCCGGAAGAGUUCCAGGAAUCGUGGACAGACAAGCCGUUCAUUCUCACUGAGCCGGUUAAAGAAUGGCCCGUGUACCAGCAAUGGUCUACGGAAGUCCUCCUCGAGAAGUAUGGCGACGUCGUCUUCCGCGCUGAAGCGGUCGACUGGCCUCUGAAGACGUACGUAGAGUACAUGAAGAACAACUCCGACGAGAGUCCGCUGUACCUCUUCGACCGAAGCUUCGUCUCGAAGAUGGGUAUCAAGGUGGGACAGCCUCAUGAAGUACCGGAUGCUGCGUACUGGCCACCACCGUGCUUCGAGGAAGAUCUCUUCGCCGUGCUCGAGUCAGACCGUCCAGAUAGGCAGUGGCUCAUCAUUGGACCUGAGCGGUCGGGCAGUACAUUCCACAAGGAUCCCAACGCCACCAGCGCGUGGAACGCGGUUCUCCGCGGCUCGAAAUACUGGAUCAUGUUCCCCUCCUCAUCAAAGCUUCCACCACCUCCGGGUGUGUUUGUGUCGCCAGACCAAAGCGAAGUGACCUCUCCUCUCAGCAUUGCAGAGUGGCUGCUGGGCUUCCACGCAGAGGCGAGACGCACGCCCGGCUGCAUCGAAGGGAUCUGCGGGGAGGGCGAGAUCCUGCACGUUCCAUCCGGUUGGUGGCACUUGGUGAUCAACCUGGAGCCGGCCAUUGCCAUUACGCAGAACUUCAUCCCCCGUGCGCACCUGACGGCGGCAUUGGAUUUUCUACAGAAUAAAGCGGACCAGGUGUCUGGAUUCCGCAAGGAUAUCAAGGAUCCAUAUGCACUGUUCGUGAAAAGGAUGCGAGAAACGCAUCCAGAUCUGCUGGAUAAGGCUCUCAAGGAUAUGGAGAAGCAAAAGGAAGGGAAAAAGAGGAAGUGGGAUGAGCUUGUGCACGGCAAGAUUGAUGGCGAUGCAGACGGCGCCGCAAACGACGGCGGAGCCGGUGGAUUUAGCUUCGGAUUUGGAGAUGAUGAUGCCAGUGACAUUGAAGUCCCCUAG